AUGCUUGAUUACCAACAAUUUCUCAAGGCAUCCAGAGAGACGCUUUCCAAUGUCUCCGUGGAAAACUUUGGGUCUGCCAGCUUUGCUGAGGCGCCCAUGAAUAUGCUCAAAUCAGUGGUCCCCGAAGGUUGUGCGCCCGAUACGGACUUUUUGAAGGAAGUAUUUUCGAUGAACGAUCCAGAAAACGUGCAACAAAUGUCGGUCGAAGCUUUGAAAGAACGAUUGGCCAGCUUUCAAGCCAAGGGAUGGUUGAGCCAACAAGAAUCUCGCCAAUACAAGGCACUUUUGAAUACUGCUUCCGGAUCCCAAAACAGCAACGCACUUCGGACUUUGGAAAAGCAACUGGACCAGAUUGAAGAGAAAAUGACUGGACGUUCGGCCAACAAGACCGGAAUGGGUGGAUUGUUUCCACAGACCAACCGAUUUGUCCCGACUCCUGGUGGAGCAGCUUCUUCUGUUGCUUCGGAUGCUUCGUAUAGCUCCAAUUCCAUGACGCAGAUCGACAACAUUGUCAGUCCUCGCAUUUUAUCCACUGUGCUGUCAGAGAGUCAAGUGGCAGAUUUGUUUGUUGAAACUUGCUUUUUUGCUCGCCUUGGAUUCAUUCAACCUCCUUGCUGUAUGCAGUGCACCUACCUCGAGGCCAUGGAAGGAGCUUCGCCAAACACAAGAUGUGGUCGAUGGGUCGUUUGGCGUAAGGAUGCCACCAAGGUCCUGCACCCCAAAUCACUGCUAGCAAAUACCAUGGCCAUCAAGUGCCAUACCACCCGCAAACUGUUGGCUGGACAACGAGUGGAGGGCUUUGAGUGGGACACCAAGCUAAAGCUUCUUGCCCGGCGACCACGCGCUGCUAAGCAUUCGUUCUAA